GGCAAGGCACCUACAAUACUAGUUAGUAGUCCUCACUGUUCAGGUGUUUCAUCAUCGCCCACUGGAACGACACAAACAUAGAACUGGGCCUUCCUGCCUGCUAGUUACACUUCAAAAACUUCGGGCUGUUGUUUGCUCUCACCAAGCUUAUUUGACGCUAUGAGUUCGGAUGUAGUGUCGUUAGUAGAGACAGUUGAUUUUGCGGCAAGAAAACACCGAAAGCAGCGUCGCAAAGACGAAGAGGCAACGCCUUACAUUAACCACCCAAUUGGAGUUGCAAGGAUUCUCAGCCAUGAAGGUGGUGUCACAGACAUCCAGACUUUGCAAGCUGCUCUGCUUCAUGACACUUUGGAGGACACAGACACAAAACCCGAAGAGCUGGAAACAAAGUUUGGAGCCAUCGUCGCUCACAUCGUGCGGGAGGUGACGGACGAUAAGAGUCUGUCCAAACAGGAGCGGAAGCGUCUGCAGGUUGAACAUGCACCUCAUUGCAGCCGCCAGGCCAAACUGGUCAAACUGGCUGACAAACUGUACAAUCUGAGGGACCUGAACCGCUGCACACCAGUCGGUUGGACAGCUGAGCGAGUCCAGCAGUAUUUUGUGUGGGCUUCAGAGGUGGUGAAAGGCUUGAAAGGUACCAACUCGGCUCUUGAGGAAAAGCUGGAGGAAUUGUUCAAACAGAGAGGAGUGCAGCUGUAAAAGAUCCAAUGGGAAUCACUUUUUGUAUCAUUUCUAAAUGUUUUAAUUAAAUACACAUUUCAUAUAUAUAUA